GCGGGGGAGUUUAUCCCGCUGGAAGGGAACGGCUUCUCCCGCUGAGAACUGACAGCGCCAGGUCAGUGCGGGCAGCGGGGACCGUCUCCGAGGGGUUACAAUGGUUGACACAGAAAUGCCGUUUUGGCCCAUGAAUUUUGGAAUCAGCCCCGUGGAUCUGUCAGCCAUGGAUGAGCACACACACUCCUUUGACAUCAAGCCCUUCACCACCGUGGACUUCUCCAGCAUUUCCUCCCCGCACUAUGAAGAUCUUCCCCUCGCCAGAGCUGACCAGUCAGGCCUGGAUUAUAAAUAUGACAUCAAACUCCAGGACUGCCAAAGUGCCAUCAAGAUGGAGCCUCCUUCCCCACCCUACUUCUCAGAGAAGGUGCAGCUGUACAACAAACCUCACGAGGAGGCGUCCAACUCACUGAUGGCCAUCGAGUGCCGCGUGUGCGGGGACAAAGCCUCUGGCUUCCACUACGGGGUGCACGCCUGCGAGGGCUGCAAGGGCUUUUUCCGAAGAACAAUCAGGUUAAAGCUAAUUUACGACAGGUGUGAUCUGAACUGCCGGAUCCAUAAGAAAAGCAGGAAUAAAUGUCAGUACUGCAGGUUUCAGAAGUGCCUGGCUGUUGGAAUGUCACACAACGCCAUCAGGUUUGGGAGGAUGCCCCAGGCAGAGAAGGAGAAGCUGCUGGCAGAGAUCUCCAGUGACAUCGACCAACUAAACCCCGAAUCCGCCGACCUGCGGGCGCUGGCCAAGCACCUGUACGACUCCUACAUCAAGUCCUUCCCUCUGACCAAAGCCAAGGCGAGGGCCAUCCUGACAGGAAAGACGACAGACAAAUCACCCUUCGUUAUUUAUGACAUGAACUCUUUAAUGAUGGGAGAAGACCAGAUCAAGUGCAAGCACGUGUCCCCCCUGCAGGAGGAGAACAAAGAGGUGGCCAUCCGCAUCUUCCAGCGGUGCCAGUUCCGCUCUGUAGAGGCCGUGCAGGAGAUCACGGAGUUCGCCAAGAACAUCCCAGGAUUUGUCAACCUCGACCUCAACGACCAAGUAACUCUCCUGAAAUACGGGGUGCAUGAGAUCAUUUACACCCUGCUGGCCUCUCUGAUGAAUAAAGACGGAGUUCUGAUAUCCGAAGGACAAGGGUUCAUGACGCGGGAGUUCCUGAAGAGCCUGAGGAAACCCUUCUGUGACUUUAUGGAGCCCAAGUUUGAGUUUGCUGUGAAGUUCAAUGCACUGGAAUUAGACGACAGUGACCUGGCAAUAUUUAUAGCUGUCAUUAUCCUAAGCGGAGACCGCCCGGGGUUGUUAAACGUGAAGCCCAUUGAAGACAUCCAGGACAACCUUUUGCAAGCCCUGGAGCUGCAGCUGAAGCUGAACCACCCCGAGUCCUCGCAGCUGUUUGCAAAGCUGCUGCAGAAAAUGACGGACCUCAGGCAGAUCGUCACGGAGCACGUGCAGCUCCUGCAGGUCAUCAAGAAAACCGAGACGGACAUGAGCCUCCACCCACUGCUACAAGAGAUCUACAAGGACUUGUAUUAAUGAGCAGAGCAGUUCUUAAUCCCCUGACAUGAUGUAUGUUCUUCAGAUUGCACUAUCUCUUUGAGGGAAAAAAAAAAAAACUUUGCGUACCUAAGAAAUUACUGUGAAACAGCAUUUAAAAAGAGAGAGCUUAGUAUAGUAGAUCUAUUUUAUGCAUAUUGUUUAUAAAGACACAUUUACAAUAUACUUUUAAUAUUAAAAGUAUCUAUAUCAUGAAAUUGUUGGCAGUAUUUUCAUAAUUAAUUUUUUUAACUACGUUAUUUCUUAAAAUUGCUUGUCCAAGUAUGAUCGAUGCUUCACUCAAGCAUGCAGUUAAAUUUUCAGCUAAAUAAAAAACUUUCUCCUUGAAAAACAUU